ACAGCAACAAGGGCCACUGCCUCCUGGACAUGCAGUCAGAGUUCAGUGCAAAACCAAGACCACCACAACUUGGUCGAGCAAGACACAGUUAUGGGCUUUCUUCCCUUCUUCUCUUUAGAAACAUGGAUUCUACUGAUCACAUUUAUCUGCGUAUUUGUUAUGUAUGGCACCUGGACUUAUGGAAUAUUUGAGAAGUUGGGGAUCCCAGGUCCCAAGCCUUUGAUGUACUGGGGCACAAUUCACAGCCACAACCCCGUUUACUACUUAGCUGACAACGAGUGCGCUCAAAAGUAUGGGAGAGUAUGGGGCAUGUAUGAGCUCAGGAGGCCCGUGCUGGCUGUGAUGAACCCUGACAUGUUGAAAACCAUCCUGGUGAAGGAGUGCUUCACCUACUUUACCAACCGGAGGAGCUUCCGUCUGAAUGGGGACCUCUAUGACGCAGUGUCUAUUGUUGAGGAUGAUCAUUGGAGACGGAUUCGUAACAUCCUCUCUCCCUCCUUCACCUCUGGCCGUAUAAAGGAAAUGUUUAGCAUCAUGAAACAUCACUCCCACAAACUGACAGCCAGCCUGCAGUCCAAGGCACACGAUGGUGAAGUUAUUAAUAUAAAAGACUCCUUUGGUCCCUACAGUAUGGAUGUGAUGGCGAGCUGUGCAUUCAGUGUGGAUAUGGACUCGAUCAACAACCCCUCAAGUCCCCUCAUCACCCACGCCUCAAAGCUGUUCAGAUUCUCCAAAUCUCUUUUCUUUUUCCAAGGGUUUUUCCCCUUAUUUCUUCCUCUAAUGGAGGUGCUGGGUGUCUCCAUUUUCCCUAAGACUUCUACUGCUUUCUUCAAAACGGUUGUGGAGAAGUUCAGAGCAGAACGCAAUGGGAGCUCACAACAGAAUUCGGGAGAUAUCCUUCAACAUAUGAUCAACUCUCAGACAGCCAAUGAACCCAAGAAAGAAAAUCAGAAUAAGGGUCUUACUGAUCAUGAGAUCCUUUCUCAAGUGACAAUGUUUUUGUUUGCUGGUUACGAGACGAGUGCCACCACUCUCGUUUUCUUGGCCUACAAUUUGGCAAGAAAUCCAGAAGUCAUGAAACACUUGCAAGAGGAGAUAGACUCCACUUUCCCUAAUAAGGGUCCAGUCCAAUAUGAAGCUCUGAUACAGAUGGAGUACCUAGACAGUGUGGUCAGUGAGUGUCUGAGGCUCUACCCUCCAGUUACACGUCUAGAACGAACAGCCAAAGAAACUGUCAAGAUCAAUGGAAUCACAAUCCCAAAGGACAUGAUUGUUAUGACCCCAGUCUACGCUCUGCACCGCGACUCUGAGCUAUGGCCAGAGCCAGAGGAGUUCAAACCUGACAGAUUUAGUAAGCAGAACAAGCAGAGCAUCAACCCAUACACUUACCUGCCGUUUGGGAUCGGGCCGAGGAACUGUUUGGGGACGCGAUUUGCUCUGGUGAUGAUUAAACUGGCCUUGGUGGAAGUUUUGCAGAACUACAGCUUCUCAGUCUGUGAGGAGACAGAGAUCCCUUUGAAGAUGGACAAUACAGUCUUUCUCGGACCCAUACAACCAAUCAAACUAAAGCUGGUGACACGUUCAAUCAAGUGCAACUAGGGAGUACUCAGAGAGAUAUGACCGUCAAGGGUGAACUAUCCUCUAAAUAUGUAAUUUUAGUAACUGAAAAUGCUACUUAAAGUUUACCACUAUAAGUUUUCAAUCUGUAUCGAAUGUUUGUAAUCUGAUCUGAAUCAAAACAGCCAUAAUGAUAGUCAACCCUGUUGAAUUUUGGAGAGCGUGACUUGAAUUUAUAUGUACAUCCUCAGGAAUAUCAAAACACUAAUGAAUAUCCUUUUGGUUAAUGAUCCAAAUAUGUUAUCUAAUUUGGUGAUGAUUAGAUGAAACUGGAAAAAAAAAACGUGUUACAAAACUUGAUGGUGGAAAAUAGCAGAUAUCCAAAAGACACAAGGACACUGUAUGAAUUCAUAUUUCUUCUGGUAUAUCUAAAUUGUUAAAAUUAUUGUGUCAUAGUUACAUGUAGGCAUAAUCGAUAAACUGUGAUAAAAAUACUGUGAAUUGGUGGUACCUUUGGAGGCUAAUAAACAAAGCAUAUGAUAAA